GUUCGGAGGUCUGUUACUACAUGUCAAUCGGCGACGGACUUGCAGACAUCGUGGUGGCUCGCAACAAGUAAACACAAUCAAACACUCAAGCACUGAACACGAAACAUUAUGGACCGCCACCAAAUAGUGGUGUUCCUGGCGCUGUUCGUCCACGUCACACUCGUCUGGUCAAAGGCAGUCGACUUGCCGCAACAGCAAGUGGCCUUCCCAAACGACGACGCUUCAUCGACAUCGUCUCUCAAGCGGGACAAGAAGUCGCCGAGCAAUGAUUACGCUCAACCCGGUCUGCAGCAACCGGCAGUCGCACAAAGCCGCAUCGGAGUGCCAGAUCACGGUUAUGGCGUCGACGAUCACCACGACCACCAUCACGAGCAUCAUCAUGAGCCACUGAAAGGCUACUGGAAGAAGAAGCUCAUCUGGAAGCCUGACUGGGUUAAAACAUGGAAACCGGGCAAGAAACAGAUCUGGAAGCCAUCAUGGAAGAAAAUCUACAAGCCAAUUUGGGUACCGACGAAGAAACAGGGUUGGAAAGAGGUGCAUGUACCGGUCUGGAAAAAAAUAUACAAGCCCAUAUGGGUGCCGAUCAAGGUGCCGGCCUGGAAAGAAAUUCAAGUGCCAGACUGGAAGAAGAUAUACAAGCCAGUGUGGGUGUCCAUCGACGUGCCAGCCUGGAAAGAAGUGAAGGUGCCAGACUGGAAGAAGGUUUACAAACCAGUGUGGAAACACAUCGAAGUACCCGCAUGGAAGGAGGAACAAGUGCCAGACUGGCAUAAGAUACACGUACCCGAGUUGGUCAAGGCGUACGUACCCGGAUCUAAGCACCUAGGCAAAGACUACCACGGAUGGGAAUACGAAGCGCACGACCUGUGGAAGAAGAAAGUCGUAUGGAAGGUCCACUGGAAGAAAGUAUGGAAGACAGUGAAGAAGCAAAUCUGGGUACCGUCCAAGAAGCUCGAAUGGAAGGAAGACUGGGUGCAGGUGUGGAAGCCCGCGAAGAAACAGAUCUGGGUUAAGGACAAGAAGUUGGAGUGGAAGGAAGACUGGAAGCAGAUCUGGCGCACCGAAAAGAAACAGAUCUGGGUUCAAGACAAGAAGCUCGAAUGGAAGGAAGAUUGGAAACAAGAAUGGAAAACAGAAAAACACGAGAUCUGGAUCCCAGACAAGAAAUUGGAAUGGAAAGAAGAUUGGAAACAGAUUUGGAUACCCGACUGGAAAGAAAUUUGGCUGCCAGCAUGGAAGAAAAUCUGGAAGCCCGUGUGGAUAUCCGAAUGGUUCCCGAUAGAGGAACACCAUCACCACCACGAGGAGCACCAUGAUUCUCAUGGUCAUGAUGGGUACAAGAAAAAAUGAAGACUGAAUCGUUUUGAAUAAUCGCAUCACAGACUACCCAUGUUGUGUACAUAUAAAUACUUUGUAAAUAUUGUUAUUUUUAUAUAUUAAGUUGUUAAAGUGUUUUAUACUUCUUAGCAUUAGCAUUAUUAUAAAUGUCAACCAACAUUGGUUUUCAUUGACGAAUUCAUUUAUCGUGUUAUUAUAAUGUGUACCCUAUAUAAGAAUUACCCUUCGUCUUACCAUUGAAAAACACUAUUUUUUAAACCCUUAUUAGUGUAUUAAGCCAUUUAAAAUCAAAAUAAUUGUUUUCAUAAUUAAUAUUUUAUAUUGUCUUUAAUACUGUAAAAAUAUAUAUGCAUUUAUAUGAAAUAAUAAACUGAUAUGAGCAGUAU